AUGGCCUUCAAACAACGGUUUUGGGCUACCAACCAGGGUUGGGACUCGACCAAGAAUUUGUUGCUGGCUAUCAGACGGCUGGCUUACCGCCACCUGGAUACCCGUCAACUGUGGGAGGGGUUCAUUUUGGAGCAGGCAACCGAGUUGGCAUUGUCACAAAAACCAACUAGUGGGCUGGCUCCAGAGGGCUCGUAUCACACCUCAAGUACUCUGUCCAAUGCUUUUUUCACCAAGGAAGGACGGGAAGCGCAAAAUAAGUCACUCACAGAUUGGAUGCUGUUUCUAUAUCAAUUACUCUGCUCAAAGAUCGAGGGGGGUAAGGCAGUUGGGGGCUCAGAUGCCCCAGAAGAUCCAGUUGAAGAAAAUUCUGAUGACAAGGGUGAAGACAAUCCGUUGGAUGAUCUUGGUGACUAUGAUGGAUCAGUGUUGAAAAAAAGCAAGGACCGUGCAAGCCAACGGGCAAACCGGGUUCAUACGAUGGCCCGCACAAUUUGUGCCAUGGUGGCCUUUGGUGGUAACUGCUGCCACAACGGAUUUCAGCUCAGUAAUGCACUGCUCUUCUUGGCAGGAGGGGUGACCGAGCGGGAGAAAGUUCACAUGAAAUCUAUUGGCCAUUCAAGUCAAAUGUUCCAUGGGACCUGGGGAUAUGUCCACUUGAUCCCACCUGCCUUGAAAUCCCGGCUGGACCCCUCUCAGCUCACAAUUGAAGCAUUGAACACGUCAUUACAUCUGGGGCAAGAGCUGGAAAUACGGCCGGAAAUGUUUACCCCUACGCAUGAGAGCACAACUCACUUUGAAAAGACUAUCAAAUCUCAGAUCACUCGGGUAAUCCUGAAGUACUUGGCAACCCCCAUGGAUAGAAGGGUCAAAUUGCACAAGCAUCCACCUGAGGUGAAUCCCAUUACACCUGAGGACCCUAAUAUCACAAUGCUCAAACUCAUGGUGGCUUCUGACAACUCGGCACUUGGAGUGGGAGAGGUGUUCACUGGGGUAAUACAGCAAAGUGGCCUGACACCAGCCAAGCUCCACUCCCGGCUCCAGAUCAUUGAGGGUGACCUGGGAUCGUGUAACAUUUUUGAUAGCCUCCGGAAACAGAGGAACCCCGGUUUGGGUGAUCACAACACCCUUGACAAUAUCCUUCCAAUCCCGGGUGCAGCACACACCCUAUGGAACCUAUCUCAAGAAAUCUAUCUGGGCCAUUGGGGCAAUGAAAAACUGGCCCGUGAUACUGGAGCAUGGCGCACACUUCAUGCACUGGGAAUCCCCGCGGAAAAGCCAGUCACCAAGAAGGAUUUCAAUCUGAUGCUAUCACACAUUGAGAAGAUCCAUGAGGCAACUUUGUUGUAUUGUGUCCUUGUGGUGGCCAACCGUGCUCAUGAGGUAUUAUCCAAAGGGCUACUCAAGGUCACUAGUGAGACAAUUGAUGAUUGGGUUGAGCGGACCUAUGAGCGAUUCUGCUCGGGUGAUGCACUCCAGUCAGAACUAGCUGCCAACUACUGCAGUCAUAAGAACCUCUUGCUUCGGAUCCAAGACUUUAGCACAAUAGUCAAGGCCAAUUGUGCAAUGAAGGAUGGUGACUAUGGCCGGCUCAUGUUCAUGUGGCAACGAUGGGCUGUGAUGAGCCAAGGUAUUGGGGGAAUGCCCCACUACUCCAAACACCUCCCAAAACUGAUCAUUCUAUUGAAGUACAUAUUACCCAAGUCACUGUCGGACUUGGUCUUGAACACCUUACUUAUGUCUCCAGCCGGGAAGGCAGGUCACUUUGUUGCAACAGACUUCUACCUGGAGGUUCAAAAUUACUGGUUGAAAUACUUUUUCAACCACUCUGGAAUAGGCACAGAUAUUGAGCGCUUGAAGGAGAUAUUUUCAAGUGAUAUUAAUCUGCUCCAAUACAUGUUACAGCUGAUCAAAUUGGAGUCUGGUGCAGAAGUUGUCCACCAGUCACACAAGAACAAAUUGAACCUGGACUCAUUCAACAAUUUCCGGUGCAUGGCCCUGCGGGAGAGAUUAGGAUUAAUCCCCCUUGGAGGCAGGGAACCUGAGGAAAUCAACGACUUCUAUUCAAUGGGCAUGGGCAAACUACAAAGGGAAUACCCGCAAAUGGGUCUGUCACGAUUUUGGCCAUACUCUAAAGGUAUUAUGUCUAUGUUUGAGGAGGAUGAAAGAAAUCGGGGAAGAACCAAUGGGGGAGAUAUUGCAACCGAGCUUGAGCAUCAAGUGGUCAGUGAUGAGUCUUCCAGCUCUGAUGUGACAGACUCUGAUUCCAUAUGA